AUGGCGGAGGCCGAAGGGGAAAGCCUGGAGUCCUGGCUGAAUAAAGCCACCAAUCCUUCCAACCGCCAGGAGGACUGGGAGUACAUUAUUGGCUUCUGUGAUCAAAUCAACAAGGAGCUUGAAGGGCCUCAGAUUGCAGUCCGGCUGCUUGCCCACAAAAUCCAAUCCCCACAGGAAUGGGAGGCAAUCCAAGCCUUAACGGUGCUGGAAGCAUGUAUGAAGAACUGCGGGAGGAGGUUUCAUAAUGAAGUGGGGAAGUUCCGUUUUUUGAAUGAGUUAAUCAAAGUCGUCUCUCCCAAGUACUUGGGGGACAGGAUCUCAGAGAAAGUGAAAACGAAAGUCAUUGAGCUGCUAUAUAGCUGGACAGUGGCCCUGCCAGAGGAAUCAAAAAUCAAGGAUGCCUACCAGAUGCUUAAAAGACAGGGGAUUGUGCAGUCUGACCCACUGAUUCCUAUGGAUCGGACACUAAUCCCCUCCCCACCACCUCGUCCCAAGAAUCCUGUUUUUGAUGAUGAGGAGAAAUCCAAGCUCCUAGCCAAGUUGUUGAAGAGCAAAAAUCCAGAUGAUCUUCAAGAGGCCAACAAGUUGAUCAAAUCCAUGGUGAAGGAGGAUGAAGCUAGGAUCCAGAAAGUGACCAAAAGACUACAUACUCUCGAGGAAGUCAACAACAAUGUAAAACUUCUCAAUGAGAUGCUGGUUCAUUAUAGUAAGGAAGACUCAUCAGAGGCAGAUAAGGAACUCAUGAAGGAGCUUUAUGAUCAGUGUGAAACCAAGAGGAGAACAUUGUUCAAAUUGGCCAGUGAGACUGAAGACAAUGAUAGCAGUUUAGGAGACAUCCUGCAAGCCAGUGACAAUCUUUCACGGGUUAUCAACUCCUAUAAAAAAAUUAUUGAAGGACAGGUCAUUAAUGGUGAGGUGGCUUCCCUAGCCAUAUCUGUCCCUGAAGGAAGCAACACCUCCAGUAACCUCAACACCCUCAUUGAUCUUGCUGAACUGGACAUAUCCAGCAGCCCGCCCCUGGUGCUGGCUCCACAACCUGCCCCCCCCUCCUCAGACAUCCCUAUCCUUCCACCCCCUCCACGAAGCUGCUCAUCUAGUCAGACCGAAGCCUCCCCUGGGGCCAGCAGUGUGACCAACUCCCUCUCCUUGUUGGAUGAAGAGCUGUUGUGCUUAGGCCUUGCUGACCCAGCCCCUAGUGCUGCUCCCAAAGAGUCAACAGGGAACAGCCCGUGGAACCUGUACCAGUCAGAUGUAGGAUUUUUCAGCCCAAAGCUGUUGACUAUUGUCUACAACUCCCAGGACAGCCCUUUCCUCCAGUCCUCUACACAGCCCUUGAACAGCUCCCCAGCCCCACUGCCUCCUCCUCCCUUUACGGCUCCUGCUACCAAGGCCAGCGUCCCUGCCCCCAACACAGGCUCAUUCUUGUUCUCCAUGGGACUGGCCACGGCUACACCCCAAAAGGUGGGGCCACCAGCCCCAGGGUACAUCAGCUCAACUGUGGGUGAUAGUUCCCUGUACCAGUUGGAUGUUCUCAACCAGCUUCUGGAAGAGACCAAAGGGCCAUCAGGCUUGGUAAAACCUAUCUCCUCCAGCUUCCACCCUGGGGUCACCUCCCCAAUCAUCCCCAGCAACACUCCAGUGGGGCCACCCGUCUCCUUCUCUACUGGGUCUGGUAGCCCUUUGUUCCAACCACUGCCAUUCCAGCAGGGAAGCCCUCUGAAGGGAAAUGAAGUCUCCCUGACCAAUGUCCACGUCCCAUUGGAAUCCAUCAAACCUAGCAGUGCUCUUCCAGUGACAGCCUAUGACAAAAAUGGCUUCCGCAUCCUCUUUCACUUUGCCAAGGAGUGUCCACCUGGGCGGCCUGAUGUGCUAGUUGUCGUAGUGUCCAUGCUGAACACAGCUCCAUUGCCUGUCAAGAGCAUUGUACUUCAGGCAGCAGUGCCCAAGUCCAUGAAGGUAAAGCUGCAGCCUCCAUCAGGAAUAGAACUAUCACCAUUCAACCCUAUCCAGCCACCUGCAGCCAUAACCCAGGUUAUGUUGCUGGCCAACCCACUGAAGGAGAAGGUAAGGCUACGUUACCGGCUGACUUUUGCCCUUGGGGAUCAGCUUAGCACAGAAGUGGGUGAAGUGGACCAGUUUCCCCCAGUGGAGCAAUGGGGGAACCUAUGACCUGUCAGGACAGCUAUGAUCACUGCCAGGUGGAUGAGGGAUGCUGCCAGCUACACCAGAAAGGAAGAGGAUCACAUACAUGCCUCAGUACAGUCCUGCUUUGUUCCUAUGGCCUGACCACAGUGCUUGAGUGCAGAGUGCUUAAGAAUAGAACAUGAGACCUGGACAGUGCUAAACUGGCCACUUCUUGGUCUUGAAGGGAACCACCCCACCCCACCCCGACCUCUUUUUUCCUACUUCUACUCUAAUAAUAACUUGAAAAAACAGUACAGUUGAGGCGCAAAGUACAGCCAACUGCCGAGGUGGGUGGUUCCCUCCUCUCCUAAGCAAUAUCUGGCCUGGAUAAUUUUCUUCACUACACAGUUCCAUGCGGAGAACUCUGCCUGUAGAGAAAGAUGUUUCCAGAUCUUCUGUCCUCAAAUUAACACCUGGUUUGUUAAUACCACCAAAGACCCUUGGCACAGGGAGUAUUCUGACCAAACCCUCCAACUACUUCCUCAGUGUUAUAGGCUGGAAGUCGAUGGGAAAUGUCACAAGGGUAAUGAGCUGUCUUGUAUUAUUUCCGGUGUCUGCUGGCUCUGUGCUAUAGUUAUUAUAGCAAGAGAGCUAACUAGACAGCAGAGAAAGAUAAAGCAACCAGUGUUCCCCCAAUGCAGGGAUAGGGGAACCUAGUUCUAGGCCUGGGCCAAUGAACUCUGGUAUAGAAAUGAUACCUCUUCCCUCUGCUUAGUGCAGAAUAAAGAACUGGCUCCCUAUCCUGCCACUCAGGCUUCUGAAGAAUGCUUCUCCAUACACUCUGUAGCACACUUGGAUGUAUAGAAUUAGUAAUAAUAUCAGCAAGUUGCACUAGGCUUUGUCCAUGUCCAAAGCUACAAGUGAACUGUCUGGCCCCUCCACCCUCCUUGCAAGUGUCUGUGGGCACCAUCAGCAAGGUGCUGGACCUGGAGGAAGAAGCUGAUGAAAGGAGAGAUUCAUUGGAGCUCACCUGCCAACAACUGGCCCUGCCUUUCUGCAGAGUUGGGAAAAAAGAGGACAAAUGGUACAUCUGCCCCCAAAGGGCUAGCUAACUACAUCCCUUCUGUUCUUUCCCAGCCAACAUUAAAUCUCAGUUUAGCUUCUGUAUGCUCACUUAGAAAGCAGGUUUCCCUGUUCAUUAUAGAAGUGAAUGAAAUGACAGAUAAGGAAUACCCGAGCUUUUCUGACGGCUGUUCCACCCCUACCCAGGAAAGACAGUUUAAUGGUGUGGCAAUGUAGAAGCUUCAGGCACUGAACCUAAUGAAUGUAAUUUGUUUGUAUGUUGAGGUUGCAGCUGAACUAUACAUUCUGUCUCUGAUGCACUGGUUUUGCUGCAUGUCAAAUAAACAUUUUCUGUAGAUUUGA